AUGGUUCGUCGUCUUGCUCGAGUGGCUGAGAAGCAAGCCAAACGCCUCGGCGAGGCACACCAUCUGGACAUCAGUUUGGGCGAUUUCGUGGACAUCUUCAGCAUCAAAGCUCGCAGAGGUGCUCACAUCAAUGUGCAUGAAGGUGAAGCAUUCCUCAUUUGGUUGCGCUGGGUGCUUCGGUCCAGGCGUCGGCAUUGCUCCAGGCUUGUUGUUUUAGUGGACAGCGCAGUGUGGCUGGGAGCAGUGGCUAAGGGUAGGUCUUCCACCCAGCUCAACAGGCUUUUGCGAAAGGCAGCCGCGCUGGAGUUGGCAGGAGAGUUGCAAGUCUACCUGGUGCUGGUCCCAUCUGCUGAGAACCCGUCAGAUUGGCCAUCGCGCGGCGUUAGACGCCUUUACGGCUCUUCAUCGCUGCUGAGCUUGGUGCCUUGCAACUCGCCCAUGUGA